AGUCCCAUUCCUAACCCUAUACUUCUCUCUCUCUCUCUCUCUCUCUCUCAAAGACUGAAUGGGUUCCUGGGUUCAUAGCAGUUUUUGUGUUGCUAGAAUAUUAGGCCUGUUGCUUCUCGUUGGUUUUGUUCCUAAUGGCGGUGCAAGUGAAGAGGCAUCAUGUGAUUUGUUCAAAGGGAGAUGGGUUUUGGACGAAAACUACCCACUCUACAAUCCAUCGUCCUGCCCCUUCAUCGAGCGAGAGUUCAGCUGCCAAAAGAAUGGCCGCCCUGACCAUUUUUAUACCCAAUACAGAUGGCAACCACAUGACUGUGACUUAGCAAGGUUUGACGGGGUUGACUUUUUAGAAAGAUUUAGAGAGAAGAGCAUCAUGUUCGUUGGAGAUUCAUUAAGCCGAAAUCAAUGGCAGUCCUUGACAUGUAUGCUUCACUCAGCCGUCCCAAACGCUAACUACAAUGUCACAAGAGUAGACGAUGUAUCUAUCUUCACUUUUACGGAUUAUGGACUGAAAGUGAUGCUAGACCGCAAUGUGUAUCUAGUAGAUGUUGUAAGAGAAAAGAUUGGUAGGGUUUUGAAGCUUGAUUCAAUUGUGGGAGGCAAGUUAUGGAAGGAGAUUGACAUGCUCAUCUUCAACACAUGGCAUUGGUGGAAUCGCAGAGGACCCUCUCAGCCAUGGGAUUAUGUUGAAGUAGGAGGCCGGGUCAGCAAAGACAUUGACCGGAUGGUUGCUUUUGAGAAGGCACUCAUGACUUGGGCUGGAUGGGUGGAUUCAAACAUUGAUCCUGCAAAAACUAAAGUUUUCUUCCAAGGAAUUUCUCCCUCUCAUUACAAUGGGAGCCAAUGGGGUGAGCCAAAGGCAAGAAGUUGUGUAGGGCAAAAGGAGCCUUUGCUUGGGUCGACAUAUCCAGGAGGUUUGCCACCAGCUCUGAGUGUGCUGAAGAACGCCCUAAGCAAAAUCACAAAGCCUGUGACAUUGCUAGAUGUAACAAACCUGUCGCUCCUGCGCAAAGAUGGGCACCCUUCAAUCUAUGGGUUGGGAGGCACCACAGCAAUGGAUUGUAGUCAUUGGUGCCUUUGUGGAGUCCCAGAUACUUGGAACGAGAUUCUUUACAAUUUUAUUCUUUGAAACAUUUUUCAUUUAAUUCAUACCACCAAAUUAUAGAAUUUGGCGACUUCUUAGAAAAAAUAAUAAUUGAUUUAUAAUGAUAUUCAGAUUUUUCUAUGCUACUAAUUUUUUUUUUUCAAA